AUGAAUGUAUUAGUCUACAAUGGGCCUGGAACUACGCCAGGAUCAGUCAAGCAUGCUGUGGAAAGUUUACGUGACUUUUUGGAGCCCUACUAUGCUGUCAGUACGGUCAACGCCAAAGUAUUACAGACAGAGCCAUGGAUGUCAAAAACUUCGGCUGUGGUAUUUCCAGGUGGCGCAGAUCUUCCCUAUGUCCAAGCUUGUCAACCUAUUAUUUCUCGAUUGAAACAGUUUGUUACUAAACAAGGUGGUAUUUUCAUCGGUUUUUGUGCUGGAGGUUAUUUUGGUAGUAGUCGUGUAGAGUUUGCUCAAGGUGACCCUACAAUGGAAGUUUCAGGAAGCAGGGAUUUGCGUUUCUUUCCAGGAACAAGCAGGGGACCGGCGUACAACGGAUUUCAAUACAACAGUGAAAUUGGCGCACGUGCAGUUGCAUUAAAUCUUCCAGAUGGCUCACAAUUCUCGACUUAUUUCAAUGGAGGGGCUGUUUUCGUUGAUGCAGAUAAGUUUGACAAUGUAGAAAUUCUGGCAGCAUACGCAGACCACCCGGAUGUUCCUUCUUCUGAUUCAGGGAAAGGACAAAGUGAAAAUCCGGCUGCUGUAGUGCUAUGUGAUGUUGGAAGGGGUAAAGUCUUACUGACUGGUCCACAUCCUGAAUUCAACGUGCGUUUUAUGAAAAAAUCCACAGAUAAGCAUUUUCUUGAAACCGUCGUUGAGGACCUAAAAGCACAAGAAAUUGAUAGAUUGAAGUUUAUGAGAAUGAUUCUUACCAAAACUGGGUUAAACUGUAAUAAUGACUUCAAUUAUGUAAGGGCUCCAAACUUAACACCACUGUUUAUAGUCAGCGCCCCAAAUAAGCAUGGAUAUUUGCAAGAGAUGGAAAACAACUUGUUGCACCAUGGAGCGUGUACGGAUAAUUCUGAGCAAUGCUCAGAACUAAAGGCCGAAACCGACACUUUUCAAUUUUAUAAAGGUUACAAACCUUCUUACAAUAUGGCUAGAUCCUCUUUACUUUAUAAAGAGCCAGAUGAGGUUCCCAAGACACUAAUAUUUCCGGGCGAAAAAGAGCAUACUCCACCAUCUCAAUACACGCCCAAUUUUGAUAUGAAAGAAUACUUCAAGUAUCUGAAUACUCAAAAUACAAUAGGUUCUUUACUUUUAUAUGGUGAAGUUGUAACAUCAACAAGCACUAUAUUGAAUAAUAACAAAUCCUUGUUGAGUUCAGUCCCUGAAAACACCUUACUCCAUGUAGGCACUAUUCAAGUUUCUGGACGUGGGAGAGGUGGUAACACUUGGGUUAAUCCAAAAGGUGUUUGUGCAUCAACGGCAGUAGUAACGUUGCCCCUUCAAUCGCCUGUAACUAAUAGAAAUAUAUCUGUUGUUUUUGUCCAAUACCUUUCUAUGCUCGCCUAUUGUAAAGCAAUACUUUCCUACGCGCCUGGAUUUUCAGAUAUUCCUGUUAGAAUCAAGUGGCCUAAUGACCUUUAUGCUUUAAAUCCCGUCUACUAUAAGCGCAAAAACUUAAAUCUGGUCAACACUGGUUUUGAGCAUACAAAGUUGCCCUUAGGUGAUGUUGAGCCUGCUUACCUCAAAAUUUCAGGUUUGCUAGUUAAUACACACUUCAUUAAUAACAAAUACUGUUUGUUACUUGGUUGUGGUAUAAAUUUGACUAGCGAUGGCCCUACAACUUCUUUGCAAACUUGGGUUAAUAUCUUAAAUGAAGAACGUCAGCAAUUAAACCUUGAUUUAUUGCCAGCAAUCAAGAUAGAAAAACUACAAGCCCUUUAUAUGAAUAAUCUUGAAGUCAUAUUAAAAGAAUUUAUUAAAUAUGGAGCUGCAAAAAUAUUACCAAGUUAUUAUGACUUAUGGUUACACAGUAAUCAAAUAGUAACAUUGACGGAUCAUGGCAAUACACAAGCAAUGAUUACUGGUAUCACGGAAGACUAUGGAUUAUUGAUCGCAAAAGAAUUGGUAAGCGGUAGCUCCACUCAAUUUACAGGAAAUGUUUAUAACUUACAGCCAGAUGGCAAUACGUUCGAUAUUUUUAAGAGCCUAAUAGCUAAAAAGGUUUAG